CUGGCAAAAAGAAUAAAUAAAUAUAAAUAAAACGAUAUCAAAAAUAGAUAGAUGGCAGAGUUUUGUGGAAAAACAUGAGUUGGUUUGAGGCGAAAGGUCUAAAUUGGGCAAAAAGUGCAAUAAAAGAAGCAGUUGCUUCCAUUGACAAAGCGCUUGAUAUACAAGACGACCAUACAAGUGGUGAUAAAAAUACACAAGUGCAAAAGAGUGCGACUGCGACGUCAGCUGGUGGAGCUGUACGAAAACAAAAGCUGCCAGGAGCUGCUAAUCGGGAAAGAAACGACAGCCUCAAUGUAGCUACAUCGCAGACUAGUAUAGAAACCAGCAGUCCUACUGCUACAGUAAGCUCAGUCACUACAAUAUCCUCGCCCACAUCGGCAGCGCCGUUGGUCUCAUCGACAUGGGGCUCAUUCACAGGUUCUUUUUUUGAAAAUCCAAAUGUACAACAGACCAUCACAGCUCCGCCACGUACAAGUGCAGUUAGUGUAGAUAUGCAGUCCGCUGGUGUAAAACCACAACGUGAUGCAUCACCUAGUCCGGGGGCAGGUGACAGCGAAUCGCCGACCAAACAUCGACCUUCUAUUACUUCAACAACAUCAGAUUCUGUGGAGUUGCUCUCACCGCCUGUGUCAAGUAGUUCGGAACUACAGUCGCCAGCUCCUGGUGUCCAUAGCACUAAUAGCAAUGAUGCAUCCGCGUCUGCGGAAACCAUUAGUGUGACACCAACCUUUGAUAAUGAGGUUAUUGGUAAAAAUUUUUGCAUGUCAACAAGUGCCUCACUGCCAGACAGCAUUGUAAUUAUCUCAGAAAAAGAGGAAUACGAAAAGGAGGAAGAUUCAAUAUCUUACAAAACGAUUGUUGGGGACUCGCUAGACCCUGCAGAAAAUGAAGGCAAGUUUUUAGUGUAUGUUUUGCUGAACGUUUUAACUUCUCUACUUUACGUUUCAGAAAGCAUUGUCCUCCCUGCAGCACACUUCACUAACCCUAUCGAGUUGCCGGCCGUUUCAACCAGUUGCUCUCCGAGCCAAAAAAUGAUUAUAUCUCUGGAAGAUGCACACAGUGAUUCACAUCAUGCCGAUUCGGACUCCACGCAAAGUUUCGAAGACGUGCAAAUGCAGACAAGUUGUGUCGUUAGCCAAUACUUGGAGAAAACACAGACUGUUUCUCCAGCAUCUGACGAUCAAACAGAUCCCUUGAACUCUAAAUCAAACUCGUCACCACACAAUUCGAACGAUGAAAUGGAAACUACCACAUCGUCAGAUAUAGAAAUUAUUUCGAACCCCACAGGCAACGGCGACUCCUCCAGUACAAAUAGCAUGACACGUGCCAGCCCUUUAAAAUGGAAAAAACUAAUGAGUGGUCAGCCGAGCAGUUUACCGUCUUCGAAGAAAGGACAUAUUCGUGGUCCAUCUGAAAUAUCUAUACUAUCCGAAGAUUCUCAAUCAGAACUUGAUAAACUUUUGCAUCGCAUUAGCGAACUGAGUGAUACCUUAGAAGCCCGCGAGUUACGUUUAUUGCAGUUGGAAAGGCAAAAUGUGAAACUACAAGAGCGUAAUGCCGAAAUCGAGAAUAUUCUGGAUACCAUGAAAUCGAAUAGUGGCAAUAUUGAUACCGCAGAGGGUUAUACACAACGAUUAUCGGCAUUGGAAAAGAAGUUCCAAGCCAGCAUACGUGAGCGGGAUGCGCUGCGCAUACAACUUAAGGACCUGAAGGAGGAGCUGCAGCUGAAGAUACCUAAAGAGCAAUUGACAGAAAGUAACAUAAUGAUUGAGGAGUUGCGAUCGGAAGGUGAAAAGUUAUCGAAGGAAAUUCUCCAACAGUCUAAUAUCAUAAAAAAAAUCCGUGCAAAAGAAAAAACCACUGAUGUAACGUUAAAAAAGAACAAAGAAGAAAUUGCGAGUCUAACAGAUGAGCUUGAACGACUCAAAAAAACCUUAAACGCAAAGGAAGAAAUGGAACGCUCACAAAUUGAAGCAGUAUAUAAAAUGUCUUCCGAGAAACGCAAGCUUGAGGACGAAAACGCACAGAUGCGCAGCAAGCUUGAAGAUUUACAAUCGAGGUUGAGCACUUUACAGUCAAGUUUCGAAGCGGCAAAGUUGGAAUUGCAACAACGUACGCGCCAACACACUGAUCUAACACGCACCGCUGAAGAAGCGAUUUCCGCGAAGAAAGAGCGCGAAUUGUUAAAAGCAGAGAAUCAAGAAAUUUUAAAACAGUUAAACGAAUUACGUGAGAAAUUACGUAAUACGGAGCAGGGGACAGCAAGGCGAGAACAACAGCUGCGAGAAGACAAUAGGGAACUGAUGAGACGUUUGGAGGCAGCGGAAAUGCGUGCAGAGGCAUCUGCGCAGGAGGCGAGUUUGACAACAGUGCCACUGAUGCGGCAACUGGAAUCGCUACAAAAUACGCUAACCCAGCGAACUAGCAACUGGAAUCAAGAGGAAAAAAUACUACUGGACAAAUUAGUUUCUGCACAGAAUAAAUUGAAAUCACUAGAAAAUGUGGAGUCAAAAUAUGAAGAACGUGUUGAAUUGCUACAGAAACGUUGCGCCGAACUCGAGGAAUCCCUUUCACACGCGUUGUUGCAGGAGGAAAAAGCGAAAAUGGCGCUGCAGCAAGCCCAACUGGACCAUACAAUGAAGGAAAGCAGCGUGAAAAAAGAAAUGGCCGACCAUAAAGUACAACUCGAAGAGUAUACGUCAAAGGUAGAGACUUUAGAGCGUAAAAAUAAAGUAUUAGAAGAGAAACUGCGAACGAAAACUGAAGAAAAAAUUCAAUGUUUUGUCGGCGGCGCUGAUAUGGCUCACAGUGGAACUGAGACACAGCGAAUUGUUCCGCUAUCGGCAGCAACUUUGGCGCCACAUGAACUAACACGCCAACACUCACAGGAGCAAUCUCAUCGUUCACAGUCACCGGCAAUGAGUUUUGAACACACUUCGCAGGAAGAAACAAUGGAAGGUGGAAGCAUUGAUUGGCAGACAGUUAGUAAAGAAGAUAUCGACUGCGUUUCGAAUUCUGGCCGUCACAUGAGCAACCUUGCCUACGGCAUGCAUAUGAAUUUUAUGGGGCACACCACAUCUACACUGGAGCAUUUACAAUCAAUGUUAAAGCAGCGUGAUGGUGAGCUGGUGCAUAUACAAUGGGAGUUAGCAAGGCUGCAGGAGGGGCGCAGUGUAUUGACGGAGGAGAUUGCCAUGCUUACCACAGAACUUGAAGCCACAAAGGAAAAGCUGCUCUCCCACGAAUCACUGGAGCAAAGCUACGAAGAACUUCAGCGUAAUUAUGAUGCGCUACUGCAAAUGUAUGGUGAAAAGGUUGAACGUACGGAGGAAUUAGAAUUAGAUUUGAAGGAGGCACGUGAAGCGUAUAAGGCGCAAAUCAAUGAGCUUUUGGCUCAGCCGUCGCGGCCCACUACAUGAUACUUAUAAUCUUGGCAAUGCGGAUGUUGUAGUGAGUUGAACCACUCUCUGGAUCCACUUGUUAUUUAAUUCCAUUUUAGUUUUAAUUGUAAUUAUGAUAUUAUAUGUAUGCAGUUAUAUAAUAUUAUUAUGUUUGAUAUUCUUUUCGAAAUGUUGCUGUGCUGUUGUUGAGCU